AUGUCCCAAGCGGUACGGGCGAUGGACUUUCUGUCCUCGCGAUACCAGACUUUCCUAUCUAAUGCGCAACCGGCGACUCAAACGGCAGACAGCACCAUCCACCGCCUAGCAGACCGCCUUGACCCUACUGUUGCUCUACCAGAUCGCCGGGCGGCUGUUCUAUCUCUUAAAGGCCUUGCUCGAGAUGAAAAGUACAAGUCUGAAAUCGGGCAAGUCGCAUUUGAUAGGUUGGUGGAAGUUGUAUUGCUUGGUGGAGAUGCAGAGGCCGAUGCCGAGUCCGGAAAAGCUGUACUGGAGACGCUGGGAUUGCUUUGCGAAGUUGUGCCAGAUGAGCACGGAAAGGUCUCCAAAGGAGACGUGGGAUAUAGGCAUACAGAUAUGCUGUUAUCUAAACCAGAACCACUUCGCAAGUUAUUUGGUCUCCUUGGACAGACGAGUUUCUACAUUCGUUUUAGCAGCUUACAGCUUUUAUCGCAAAUCGUUCAAAAUCGCGCUCAGGCCGUGCAGAAGCAUUUAAUCGACUAUCCGGAUGGCCUUCCGGCCGUCAUAGCCAUACUAGACGAGAAACGCGAAGUUAUCAGGAAUGAGGCACUUCUCUUGCUCCAAUCGCUCGCCCACCAAAAUGCAGACAUACAAAAGAUUCUUGCAUUCUCUGGCGCCUUUGAAAAGCUCCUUGAUAUCGUUGCCGCCGAGGGUGGAGUAGAAGGUGGAGUAGUCGUCCAGGACUGCCUAGCUGUGGUAGACGCCAUGUUACGAUUUAACUCAUCCAAUCAGAAUUACUUCCGUGAACUAUCACUUCCACCACGCAUUCCACCGCUCCUACUUUACCCAUCCCCUCCUCCCCCACUAAAUGUCCCGGCACCACAAGAAUUCGCACUUCAGUUUUGGGAUGCUCAGAAGCUUGCCAAUGCGGGGAUGCUAGUUGGAAUAAUAUCACUACUCACCGGUUCCAAGACCAAAUCUGUCGAGCCAUCAUUACGCCCACUUGAAGCGCCGGGAUAUUCAGGUGCCCUGCUCGCUUUGCCGAGCCGCCCAAACUUGACGGUACAUAUUACGCCCUAUUUGCCCGUCCCUGGCUCGAAUGGCGAGGAGUGGGAUCGAUUACCCGAACAGGAGGCGCUUGGAGCACUGGUAGGCGUUGCAUUAGAUGGAGAAUAUGGUGGAGUAUUGGCUGCUACAGAGGAUGAUGUCGACGUUGGGCUAGGGAAGGAGGAACUGGAGUUGAGGUGGGCGGCUGCCAGCGUAUUUGAUAACCUGAUCUCAAACGAUCAAACAGCUCGCCUCGCCCUUGCCGCAUCGCUUGCGCCCCCGCCUCCUCCACCUCCACGGGAUCCUGCUCAGCCAAUGGUCCCGCUCGACCCACCGACCCCGGGUCAACACCUGCUUAGCGCAUUGGUCGAUUUCCCGGCAAGCGGAAGGAUUGGUCGUAGAGUUGCAACCAAGAUUCAAUUGGCUUGUGCCUUGUUGAGUUCGCUUGUUAGGGGCUCGGAGAAAGCAAAGGGUGUUGCGAGGAUGGUUGUGCCUGGAGAAAACAAGCCUGUUGCAGGGGCUGACGCCGAUGCGGACUCGGACGAUUCUCCACGCCUUGUCUCGGUCCUGAUCGGUAAUGUCCACCUCGCACUCCGUGAAAGAGGCCAGAACAACCGACGCGCAUGGGACCGUGUAAUUGUUUCGUUACUGAUGGUUUUGAGUAACUGGAUGUGGGAUUCUCCAUCCAGUGUGCGUGACUUCUUUGGGGAAGGAGGCGGGUUGCAAGUUUUGAUGGAGCCUAUCACUCAAACAAUAGGUAUGGACGUGCUUGUACAAGGUCUAUGCGCGUUUUUGUUGGGGGUUUGUUACGAGUUCAAUAGAGAACCUGGGGAGAUUACUCGAGCCACGCUCUAUCCAAUUCUACACUCGCGCAUCGGAGCCGAUGUGUUCAUUGCCCGUAUGGCACGCGUACGAGAGGAUGAGCGUUUCAAGGCUGUCGGCCCCGACUCGCCUGUUAUCCCUGCUGGUCUUGGAUUGGAGGAUGAGCCUCAGCCCGAAGAGGACGGAGAAGUUGUUGGUGGUCUGACCGAUCGGGGCCAUAUAGAAACUAACAUGGGGGAGGGGAUAGAUACCAUUCAGCGAGCAAUUGCUGUGGACCCUGACGCGGCUGCGUCGAAUGCAUCGAUGAAUGAAGAAACAGCCGAAUUGAUCCGAUCAUUGAAGGAGACGAUUCGUGCUCAAGCCGGAGAGCUGGAGUCGUUGACCGAGCAGCUAGGAAAAUUGACCAAGGAACGCGAUGAGCUUAAGGGUGCGCAAGCACAGGCGGGCGAGGUCGAAAAGGUGAAGAAGCAGCUAGAGGAAGAGAGAACGGAGAACGCAUCCAAACUUGAACAAAUGCGGAAAGAACGCGAAGAAGAGCGCGAGUCCCAUGCGUCCCAGAUCGCUGCACUUACAGAGAAGGUAGCUGAAACGACCACCGAGCUCGACAAGGUCCGGGCGCAAAAGGCUGACUCGGAAAAAGAACAAGAAGAUCUGCUAGUAUUCCUCGAAGAGUUGAGCUCCAAGCGGAAGAAGGAUAAAGCUAGGAUGAAGGAGAAGGGUAUGGACGUUUCAGAGGACGAGGAUGCUGAGGGAGACGAGUAG